AAACUACCGUCUUACCUGACUGAUCAUUGAUUGUUCUAUGUUCUUAACAAAUACACACACAGCUGCCUUGUUAAAGAAGUCACUUAAAGACAUGAGCUACGUAUCAGUAUUCAUUAAUGCUAUUGUUGUAGCACUGAUGGCCAUUUACGUAUACCAGAAUGAAAGAAGAAUGGGGGAACAUGCAACAGACCAGGAACUUUCUUCUUUGGAAAAAGAAUUCAAUGUGUUGAAAUUAGAAAGGAAGAAAAUUGAAAUACGUAAAGCCAUUCAAGAAGAAACAGAUUAUAUAAAUAAACUACAAUUCAGUGAACAGUCUGCAGGCAAUACUCCUCUGAAAGGAUUGAACUACAACUAUUUUGACGAGAUGGCACAGACCUACUGUUCAAGUCGUCUGCCAGACCCUGCAUUUGUGUUUGCUAUUAGACGAAAUUGUCAUGGAAUUGCACCUACAUGUAAUGAUAUCUGCAGAGAUGCAAAUGAUGAUAUGUUAAAUGCUAUAAAUCAUGGAAGAAAAAAUGUUGCCUGUUUCGAUGCAAUCAAGAUUCGUAAAGAUCAUACAAAGCUUCAAAUUAAUCCUAAUAAUGUUCAACCUGAUGCUGGUAAAAUAAGUACGGUAACGUAUGGUUACGGGAUGGGAGGAUGUACGUGGACUCCAAACCACUGUGGACCGAACUAUUGUUGUUGCAAAGCUUUUUAAUUUAAGUGGAGACUAAACUUCUACCGGAGGGACGACAGUUAAUAUAAUAUUUUGAUGAAUCAUAAUAUCAAUUCAAUCAAAUCAAAUGAAAUACAAAAUAAAACUUUUAAAACAUCUUUCAGAUGAAAACAAGAGGGAGUUAGUCAACCUUCGAAGGAAACUUGUUCAGGAUUUUCCUAGCAAACAUGAAGUCGAAAUUAAAAAAGAGAUGCGAAUUAAUUGCUAUAAUGCUCUAAACGCGCCAUUGUUUAAAACCUAACUUAUUUGAGUAAAACUAAAACGAAAUCAAUACCACCUAGAUAAUGCCAUUUUCAUUAAAAAAAUAUUUUGUUGA